UGAAAACAAACCCCAACGCCAAGAAAUUCAGAGAGAACAAAGCGAGGGAAAAUGGCAGCCUUUCACGACGACGACGACGAGUUUCUUUCUCAGUUGGCUUUCGCAGAAGCCAACGCUCUGUCCAGAAUCAGCACCGCCGACACCAACAAGCGCCGGAUACUCGACGGAUACAAUCCCGAGGAAGACGAGGAGAAGCAGCAGCAACCGCUGAAGAAGAUGACUGUGGCGACGGAUAGCGCGGCGAAGAUGAAGGAGGAGGAAGGAGCUUAUAUGGCUGCUCUCAGAGGGAGCAAGAGCCUCUCCUGGCAACAAAAUCCUCUGAAUCGCUCCAGUUCUGGAAUGAAGGCCGUCGCAGCAUCUGGUUCUGCUUCCCGAUCUCAUUUUAACGGCGGGGGUGAUUAUGAUCGAUCGGAGCGGCAGCAGCCGUCGGUUUCAGAGAAGGAUUGCCCGUGCGGACAGGGAGCUUGUGUCGUUUUCACAGCUAAUACCGAACGGAACCGAGGCCGCCAGUUCUACCGAUGUCCUCUCAGACAGGAAAAUGGAGGUUGUGGCUUCUUUGAGUGGUGCGACAAAGCUUCAGGGAACAACUCCUCAGUGUCCAAUUCAGAUCUUCCUUGUCCUUGCGGUGCUGGAUUUUGCCUGCUCCUUACUGCAAAAAAUGGGAAAAACAUCGGCCAGCAAUUUUACCGUUGCCCUGCUAGCCAGGAAAGUGCUUGUGGGUUCUUUAAGUGGUGCAACGAGACAGAUGCGGCAGCCAGUAAUCCUACUAGCACUUCCGAAAGCAGCAAAAUUGUGCAUGGAGCAAGAACAGGGUCUGCCUGCUUCAAAUGUGGUAAUCCUGCACACUGGGCAAAGGAUUGUCCCAUAUCUUCUUCAUCUGAUUCGCCAGCCGCAGCAGCAGCAACAUCAUUUGGAGGAAGAAGGCCUGUCUCCUCGUCCCCCAACUCUGCCUGCUACAAAUGUGGUAAACCUGGGCACUGGGCAAGGGACUGCACUUCAAGUCAAUCAACAGGUGCGACUCGCAGGUAUUGAAGAUACCUUGAUUGGGGGCUGAUUUUGCAGCUGCAGCAUUACUGUAUUAGGUAGGUAUUCUGCAAUUGUAAUAUCAUAGUGCGUCUCUAAGUCUAAGCUACGUACUGUAUCCAUCAGAUUCAGAUAGAUGGUCGUGCUCGUGUUGCUUCACAAUGAGGCUCUUCGUUACCAGCUUGAUGGAGGAGAAAAUAACUUGUUUGAUUGUUAUAAACUUACCAGAGAGGGUAAUAUUGUUUUACACAGAUCUUUGACAGUACUAGAAGGC